AUGGUUCAAGUCAAAAAGGACAAGAAGAAAAAGAUGAAGUUGGGGAAGUUUCUGUCAUCUUCUAAUUCUGUCAGUGAUUCUGCCCUGUGUGUCCUCACUGUACCGGAUGAGUCCUCUACCAUCGAGACUCACACAGCCGGUGCUGACACACAAAAAGACGUCUCAUCAGAUGCAUCUUUCUUGUCUGCAGUUAGCAGAUCAUCUGAUCCCGGGUUUGAUCUGCAAGUUGCAAACCAGGAGAAGGAAGCAUAUAGAGACGUAGCUGGAAAACAGAGCUGCCCUUCCAGCGCUGAGGAUACUACCUCAUCCACAAACAUGAGGUCCUCAGAUCCGGUCGCUACAGCUGUGGAAACGGAAGUCAUCACAGAUGUGUCUGCAGAGUCAAGCACCUAUACCAGCGCUGAUGGUACUUCCACAGAUCCCUCAGAUCUGGAGGCCACCAAAGGGUUCACCUCCUCCAGUUCUGUGGGUGUUUACUCCCCUGAAGAGAGUGAGAUGGCUGACCCUCAGGCUGCAGCCAUUCUUGAAGAUGCAGCUGGUGAUCAGACUGUCCCUGAAGACUGCGUCCUCGGAGUGCUAGCCAGUAUGACAGCCGGUCAAACAGUCUGCCCCAGGCUGAAAUACUGGAACACACAGAGUGCAGUUCUGGCGGGAGCAGAUUGA